AUGAGUGAAUGCUUGAAAGAUGCAAAGCCUAACAAAGUUUGCAUGACAAAUGCAAUAAUUUCGCACAACAUUGAUUUUGUUACUUUCUUGAUGGAUAACUAUGAUCUUCAAAUUGAUAUAAAAACAUGUUUAGAAUACUAUAAUCUCCAAACAUUUUUUGUUUAUUUGGAUAAAUACAAUGCCAUCGGAGAUUGUUUUUAUUAUUCACCAUCAUUUAAUAUUCCAUCAUUAUGCGAGUAUUUCUUUUCUCAAACUCUUACUAUUGAAGUUUUAGAAAGAGUAAUGCCUGGAAGAUCUGUACUCCAUUAUGCUGUUGAAUGCAAUAGCAAGGAAACUGUGGAAUUUCUUAUUUCAAAAGGCGCUAACGUUAACCUAACAAUUAAAAAUAAUAACACACCUCUUCAUACUGCAGCAAAAUUUAACUGCCUUGAAAUUGGAAAAAUUCUUGUAUCUCAUGGUGCAAAAAUUUAUGCAACGAAUAAACAUGGGAAAUCUGCUGUUCUUAUUGCAGCUAAAAGAAAUAAUUCAGAAAUAGUUGAAUUUCUUGUUUCUCAGGGAGCAAAUCCCAAUAUCACUAACAAAACAGGAAAUUCUGCUCUCAUGUUCGCAGUUAAAUUUAAUAAUUAUAGAAUUGUAAAAUAUCUUAUUUCCCACCGUUCAGCAUUUGACAAAAAUGGUGUUCUUUACAGCGCAGUAUCCCGCAAUUGCAUUGAAACUGUAGAUACGCUUAUUUCGCUUGGUGCAGAUAUAAAUGCAAUAAACUUUUAUGAUAAAAGUGUCCUUCACCACGCAGCAAAAUACAACAAUGCAGAUGCAGCUAACUUUCUGAUUGCACAUGGAACAAAUGUCAAUGCAAAAUGUAAAGCAGGAAAAUCAGUUCUUAUUGAUUCAAUAAAGUUCAAUGGUAAAGAUGUUGCAAAAGUUCUUAUUAUGAAUGGCGCAAAUAUAAACGAGAAAACAAUUGAUGGGAGAUCUCUUCUUCAUUGGGUUGCAUAUGAUGAUAAAAAAGAAAUUGCCGAACUUCUUAUUUUAAAUGGUUCUGAUAUAAAUGCGAAAGAUGGUUUUCAGGCUACACCUCUUCACUAUGCAGCAGGGAGAAAUAAUAAAGAUACAGCAGAACUUCUUAUUUCUCACGGAGCUAAUAUUAAUGCAAAAGAUGCAAUCGAAAAAAAUCCAAUCAACUAUGCAAUGAAAAAUAAUAAUAAAGAUCUAGCAGAUCUUUUCAUUUCCAAGUUUUGGAUGGAAUGA